UAUUGCGUACUACAAACACCUGUUUCUAGUAAUUGGACUGAAUGACGAGCGGAUUAUUAAAGAACGGGGUUAAUAAAAGUCUAGUUCUGGUGUUACAGGUCCGCCUACUAUCGGUCAACGUUCAAAUUUUCCAGAAGAAAGUCGCCGUCUAACAUGCGGGAUUACGAUGAAGUUACCGCUUUCCUGGGAGUCUGGGGGCCACAUCAGAAACUUGUCUUCUUCCUUUUGAGUUCUUGCAUCAUUUCAAAUGGUUUCUACGGACUAAAUAUAAUUUUCGUCGGAGAUGUCCCAGAACAUCACUGCUUAAUUCCCGAGAAUCUCAACCUCAGCGAAGCAUGGAGGAACAAGACCAUCCCUCUACAAGGCGCCGAACAGCAGCGCAGCAAGUGCAGUCGGUACCGGCUGGACGUGAUAAUGAACCUUUCGGAAACGUUCCCCGACCCAGAUUUCCUCAACAUGUCUGAGAUCGAACAGGAACCGUGUCUGGAUGGAUGGGAGUACAGUAAGGAGCAGUACAUCUCCACUAUCGUCUCCGAGUGGGACUUAGUGUGUAACAAUAACUGGAAAGAACCAUUCGCUACAUCAGUUUUCUUCAUAGGAAUGUUAGUAGGUUCCUUUAGUUCUGGAAUAUUAUCAGACAGGUUUGGGAGGAAAAUUGUUAUGUUUGGGGCAAUAGCCCUACAAACGAUAUUCAGUAUGCUUAUCGUAUUCUCACCAAACUUGGAGAUCUUCUGCCUAAUUAUGUUCUUCAGAGGUAUUGGUGGGCUUGCAAGUUAUGUGGCCAUCUUCGUUCUAGGGUCUGAACUUCUUGCAGAUUCCAUGCGGAUUGUAUAUUCUGCAUUUGGAGUUGGUGUCUUUUAUGCCAUAGGCUAUAUGUUCCUGCCCUUUGUUGCAUAUUUCAUAAGAGAAUGGCGAACUCUAAUGAUGACCCUGACUCUCUGCUGCUUGUUGUACAUUCCUUUGUGGUGGUUUAUUCCAGAAUCUCCACGCUGGCUGCUGUCUAAAGGAAGAGUAGAGGAGGCUGAAUCAGUAAUUCGACUCAUGGCAAAGAAAAAUGGUGUCACUCCACCACCAAAGAUUUUCAGUGAACUUGAGCUUGAAUACAUAAAGAAUAAUGAAGUAAAAUCUGUUCCAUUUGCUCAGUUGUUAAAAACCUGUAAUAUCAGAGCUAUCACAAUCAUUAACGUUGUGAUCUGGAUGAUUCUAUCAAUGGGAUACUAUGGUCUGUCAUUGAACGUACCUGAUCUCCAUGGUGAUGACUAUCUGAAUUGUUUCCUCUUUGGUGCCGCAGAGAUUCCAGCUAACAUAGCAACAUGGUUUCUCCUCAAGAAAUUUUCACGCAGGUUCAGCAUUUCAGGUGCUCUCUUUCUUGGUGGAAGUGUCCUGCUCUUCAUUCAGCUCAUCCCAUCAGAUCUCUUAGUACUUGCUACAGUGCUGGUGUUAAUUGGAAAAUUGGGAGCUUCAUGUGCCUUUUUCAUGGUUUAUAUCUACACCACUGAACUAUACCCAACCACAUUGAGAAACACAGGUGUCGGAGUGAAUGCAAUGGCAUCCAGGAUCGGCAGCAUCGUUUCACCUUACAUUUUUUUGCUUGAUGCUUAUCAGGAGAAUUUGUCACUGAUUUUGAUAGCGACUUUGACAAUUUUCGCAGCAAUUGCGGUUUUAUUUCUGCCAGAAACAUUUAAUACUCCUCUUCCAGAUACCAUUGACCAAAUGAAAAAAGUUAAGUGGUUCAAAUGCACAGGACGUACUCACUCUAAUUAAAGCAAAAAUGAAACAAUGGGAAAAAAUACGGUGGCCCUUCAUGAGGAAGCUUUUUGACACUCUUGACUACUGAUCUUAAGCAGCAAACAACUGAAGAUUUCAUCAGAAAUGGGAUCAAGGUCUGAUGGAUUCUUCUGCAUAACGUAGAGUGAAAAUGAGAGAAGUGGGACUCCACUCUAAAAUGCUCAGAUAAUCUGCAUGAAAUAGCAUUUGAUUAUUCUUAAUAAGUUUUAAUAAAACAUAUUUUCUGGACUUUUUUUUCUCCGAGAUAUUGUCAAGAAAAAGAUCUUAUAUAUGUUUAGCUUCUUAGGAUCAAGUUACCUUUGGAUAUUUUCCUCUUCAUAGAGCAAUUUAUUAAAUGCAAUGAAACAAACCACAUCAUCUACCCAGUACAGUUUCCUUCAGGUAAUGUAUCUGCUAUCAACUCUUGCUUCUGUAACAUUCCCCCAGCUUGCUUCCAAACUUCUGCUUUAAUGUUUAAUACAGAUAAUUAUAUUAGAAACCUACUUUUAUAAAUUCACUUCCAAGUUUUGGAUGUUUUGGAUAUUUGUUGUAUAUCCUUCAAGGCUCCUAAAUUGAGGAAGCAGAUAAAUG